AUGCAGUCGGGGAAUCUCUGGAGAGUUCUGGGACUCUGCCUCUUAUCAGUUGGCGCUUGGGCAGAAGAAGAUUUUGAAGAAACUGAUGAAGUUACACAAACACAAACACUGAAAUCAUAUAAAGUCUCCAUCUCUGGAAACAAUGUAGAGCUGACAUGCCCUGAGGAUAUUGCAUCUGAGGAAGUAACUUGGAAAAAAGAUGGUAUAGAAAUGCCCCAUGUUUAUGACAAACCACUGUUACUGCAGGAUUUUUCAGAAAUAGAGAACAGCGGUUAUUAUACCUGCUCAAAGGACGAGAAUCAUAAGCUCUACCUGAAAGCAAGAGUGUGUGAGAACUGCGUGGAGGCAGAUCUGAUGGUGGUGGCCACAAUCAUCGUAGUGGACGUCUGCGUCACUUUGGGCUUGCUGCUGCUGGUGUAUUACUGGAGCAAGAGCAGAAAGGCCAAGGCCAUGCCUGUGACGAGAGGAGCGGGUGCUGGCAGCAGGCCCAGGGGACAAAACAGGCAGAGGCCACCACCUGUACCCAACCCAGACUAUGAGCCCAUCCGGAAAGGCCAGCGGGACCUGUAUGCUGGCCUAAAUCAGAGAGGCAUCUGACAGCUCCUGAAGACACUGUCUCCCACUGACC